GCCAACAUGCCUUUCACCACCAGCGACAUUUGCAAGAUCAUCCUUGCCGUCAUCCUCCCUCCCGUGGGUGUCUUCCUCGAGCGUGGCUGCGGUGCCGACUUCUUCAUCAACAUCUUGCUCACCAUUCUGGGUAAGUCAUGUUUCCUCCUCCGAUCACCCUCCCGAAUGGUCCGGGUCCGGGCUACCCAUCACUCCGGAUAUCCGCGACAUUGAACCAAAGGUCCAAAGUUUACUGACACUCGUGCGAUAGGCUACAUUCCCGGCAUCAUCCA